AGAAAGUCCAACCCCAUGUGUGAACCCAUAGACUUUUUGUGUGGAAGUUUGCUUCACCAACCUAGCUAGUUGUGGGCUAGGAUUGCUUUGUUGAAAUCAUGCAAGAUUGCAUGUUGAGCCAUUUAAUGAACAAAGAAAAUCAUGGACGGGUAGUAAUGAGGCAAAGAAAAAUGGUGCAUGGGUGGUUGGAUUUUUCACUAUAAAUACCCAUGCAUGCAAAGGCAAUGGGCAAGCAAAAGUAGGAGAAAGCAAGAGAAAUUGAGGGAGAGCUCUUGUGAGAGAAAAAGAAAGAGAGAAAUUGUGAGAAAUCCUUGUGUAGAUUAAGAGGGAGUAUUAGGGAGAAUUUGGGAGUUUCUAUACAUUGGAGAAUUUGGGAACUUCUAUACAUUGAAACUAGGGUGUUGAGUGCUUCUUGAGUGAGAGAGCUUCUAAAUUAUUGUACUCUUUUUCUUAAUAAUGGAUUUAUUUCUCUCUUUCCUGUGGACGUAGACUUGUUGAGAGGCGUGCAAGUCGAACCACGUUAAAUUAUUGUCUCAAUUUCUUUAUCGCUUCUGUUUAUGUGGGAUUGUGGUGCUCGAAAUUCCCAACAAUUUAAUCAAUAUAACUAGGUAAA